CUCUGCAAUAACAGUGCUGACCUAGUUUCUGCCUGUUCAGGGCCGCCUGUGGAAUUUUACAGCGGCCUGCCUUCCUGGCUGCCUUGCUGCCUGAAAACGAAGGCAGAAAAGCAUGACUGAGGAUUUUUCUUCUUGUCGCAUCAUUAUGGCCUUAUAGCGUCUCCGCUCUUCUCCCCCCCCGAUCCGUCGGGCUAAACAAAUCGGGCCCAUUUCAAAGGAUAGAACCAGGCGGACUCUUUUUUUUUUUUUACGUGCGACUGCAGCUUUGCUACGUGAAAUUACACCGGCGCGGCCUCCGCUAACGCACCAGCCGAAUCAGAAUGGAAAUGAGGAGAGUCUCGCUCGUCUCCUACAGCUUAGAUUUCAGGGGCAGGUCAUGGUGUCCGGUGAGAAGGUGUGGGACCCCCACCAUGCGGGCCUUAUCCAACCACAUCUGAGAGAGCAACACCUGGCUACCGGCCUGCCACCCCUCAGCGACCCAUCAAGUAUCGCAGCUAACGACGCCACACUCCACCAAAGUCAGCGGCCGUCGCCUUUGUCUUCCCCGUCUCUGCCGCCGGUGGCUCUCAACCCCCUUCACCCGGCCUCAUCGCAUCUACAUCCACCUGCGGGUUCGUGCGCCCUGGGUAAGACCGCUGUGGCCUUUCAGUCUGCAGAGGAGGAGAACGAGGAAGCGGAACGGCUGGACAUGAAGGGAAAAAGGCUCGGAAGCCGUGGAGACGCCACAUUGGAGGACAAACUGGAGGAAAUGGGCGAUGGACCUAAGAAUGCAAAAAUCACCCUAAGCUUCCCACUUAGCGCGGCCCCGCUCCCAACGUCUCUGACCUCACCGAACCACUGUCACAGCUCUUCCUCGCCCUCCCGCUCCCCCCACCGUCGGCGACAAUCCUCCAAGAGCUCAGACAAGGGCUCGCUGUGGAAACUGGAUGCCACCACAGAUGUAAAGCACAGACCCUUUAAACCCCCAAGGCACGACAGCUCUCCGUCCACUUCGCCCUCCUCCUCCUCUCCCAUGACUGUCCCUGCAUUCAUUAGGAAGGAUAUCAAAUCUCCGCCUCCUCUUAAAUGCCCCAAACUUAAUUCAGAGACUCAGAUUCACAGGUCGCCCCAGAGAACCUCCGGUGGACCUUUGGGGGGAACUUUUGGCGGAGACGAAUGGGACGAGAGGCACAGGAUGGCCAACGGUACAGCGUCGCCCUCUCAGACUGCUCAGAUUCUCUUCAGUCUGGGCACGUCAGCCUAUCAGAGAGGCGGGGAUGCAGAGAGGAGAGAGAAGCUGACAGGAAGGCCAGCUGGGAAAGCGGGAAGCCCCCACAGACCGAGUCUUCAUCCUCCCACCCUCCAUCUCCCUCCUCCCUUACCUCCACCGCCUCCCCCUCCUUCCGAGGGUCUCACCGCACCCCCCCACUCUUCCUCCUACUCCCCUACCAACAACCUGAAGCCGGAGCUGAUUUGCGGGGUGUGCCAUCGUCUCUUCAGCUCAGCCUCCUCCCUCACAGUCCACAUGCGGCUGCAUCGUGGCAGCCGCGCCCUCAGCUGCCGCUACUGUGGCAAAGUGUUCAUUCACAGCAAGAGACUGCAAUCCCACGAGGCCUCCUGCAGGGUGGCAGGCCUGUCCCCCAGCAGCCUGUGCCCUCCUUCUCUCUCCGUGCAGCCAAAGGAGGAGCCACUGGAGGAGGGUGAGGUGAGAGUGGAAGGAGGAGUGAUUGUGGGAGAAACAGACAGCAGUAAGGCGCGGCCUGGGAAGAAAGCACGAAGCCUCCUGGCCCGUAUCCAAGGUGAUGAUGCAGCAGGCACAGAGCUGCUGGCGGGUGAUGAGAACCAUUUUGUGAAGGUGGUGGAUGGCAAUGUCAUUUACUUCUGCUCCGUGUGCGAGCGCUCCUACAUGACCUUGUCCAGCCUGAAGCGUCAUUCUAACGUACAUUCGUGGCGGCGCAAAUAUCCAUGUCAUUAUUGCGACAAGGUUUUUGCCCUGGCCGAGUACCGCACAAAGCACGAGGUGUGGCACACGGGAGAGCGGCGAUACCAGUGCAUCUUCUGUUGGGACGCCUUCGCCACCUACUACAAUCUAAAAACUCACCAAAAGACCAUUCACGGGAUUAAUCCGAGUCUCAUCUCCAGUGAAAAGACAGCUAAUGGGGGCUAUAAGCAGAAAGCUAAUGCCCUCAAGCUCUACCGCCUUCUCCCCAUGCGCUCCCAGAAGAGACCCUACAAGACCUACAGUGACAGCUUGCACAAUGGCCUUCUCCUGCCAUCAGCUGAAACACCUUCCCUCUCCCUCCCCGGCCUGGGUUGUGCUUUGGGCCCAGGGGACCUAGAAAGCCUCAUCGCAGGAGCCCCCCCUCAGGGUGUAAAGCCAGAUCCCGAUGCCUUCCCUGACGGUUUUCCUGUUUCUAUCGCUGCUGAGCACAGGGACCUCUCUGCCUUGACACACCUCCCGCUGACCGAUGCGUCCCAAGUUAGAAAACGUGAAAGCGAGGUCCUAGAGUCAGAACAGGGGAGAAGUAGUGGCAGCUUCAAAAUAUCGAAUAACAGCAAAACCAAAACCCCGAAGAAUGGUAGAGGGACAGAGACAAGCAUGACUUCCGUGAUAACCUACGGCCAUGCAAAACCCUCCGUCAUAGUGCAUGGAACAGCAGUGUCAUCCUCUGUCAUUGUGCAUAGCAACCAGGUUACCUCUGGUAGCGAAAAAAGCCCAGUGAACAGCCCGUCCCCUGAAACAAAUUACAAUCAGACUUUACUCAAGGGCAGUCCUCGUCCAAUCAAAAAGCAAAGGGAUAGUACAGAGAAUUAUAAAAAGAGGUCAAGAGACAGUUCGGAUACGACAGAGGAGGGUUCAAGAGGCAGACAGGAAACAGACCCAGGCAGAUUAUUUCACAAAUCACGCAAGUCCCACAGCAAGAGUAAUAUCUCAAUCUCAAAGCAGCUGUCAGCAUCCGUGGGGUCGCAGGUCAAAGAGGCAGGGCCACUGUGCCAGAUUACUGUCCGCAUUGGUGAGGAGGCCAUAGUGAAGCGCAGCAUCUCUGAGACAGACCUUAGGAGAGACAAUGGCCUGUCUCCUCCGAAAAUCAAACACAGUGAAAAAUCAUCCGGGCGGGAAGCCAAGGAACCCCGCCAAUCUCAGUCUCACCACCAUCGCCACAAAAACCGCCUCCACAGCCGGGCCAGCCACGAAACAGAGGAUGAUAAGGAAACAGGAGACUGUGAGGAGGAGGAGGAGGAGGAGGAGGAAGAGGAAAAGGAGGAGGAGGAAGAAGAGGAGGAAGAGGAGGAGGACGACGAGGAUGAGGAGGAGGAGGAGGAGCAGGGCAGAAAAAAGAGAACCAAAUUCCCCCAUAAAGUGAGGGAGUACUACUUCCGUAAGGAAGUGCGUGAGCAGGACAGCGACAACGACCUAGAGGAUAAUUUAUGGCGACCUUACUACUCUUACAAGCCUAAAAGAAAGGCCCAAGCGCAUCUACAAAGGGUGAAGAUAUGGCAACGGAAACUUAAGUACAAACGCUCCAUCCGACUGAAGAAGAGGGCAGAGAGACUUAAAAACAUCCUGCAUAAGCAAACGGAGAAAUCGCAAGAUGAGGACGACGACAGAACAGCUGAGGACGCCGAGAAACUCUUAAAAACUAACAAAGAUAAACAAGAAGAGAAAAAGAAAGAUCCCUUUUCAGCACCUUUAAAGGAGAAACACAAAGAUUCUGAAAAACAGGUUAAAGAGGACAGGCGCGAAGUUUCCACCCCACCUGUGCACUCUCGAAAACCCUCUCUGUCUACCUCAGUGGCACACACAGGAAUAAAGCCGCGGCCUUGGACUAACGGUAACGCAGCAGAGUGUAGUACGUGUGGCUGCUGGUUCUCAAGCCCCAGGAAGCGAGACAAACAUGAACUGAACCAUCUGCUCGAGUUUGUGUGCCUCUUCUGUCGAGCCACUUUUCCGUCAAGGGACAAGUUGGAAGACCACCAGAAAGCCAAGCAUCCUAAGCCUACUGAGGCAACCUCGGUCGCCCUUAAAGGGGGUGAACAAAUCUUAGGGGCUGGUACCAAAUCUGUGCCUGAGCUCUCAAAAUACGAUGAAGAUAAAGGGGGACAAGGAGGCUUAGGAGUGAAUAACUGCAGUCCGAGUCCACUAAGCAGAAGGGCGCUUUCGCGACACACCUGUCCACAGUGCCACAAGGUGUGCAAGACAUCUUCGGCACUAACUCGUCAUAUCCGGCGCCAUGAGCUGAGCAGUUCUCCAGAGAGGGAAAAGGAAGACAAUGACCGAGAGCCAAAAACAUCAGAGACAUUUGUGAACAAUCUUAGCAAAGAUUCGGAGACGGAUAAAGGACAGAUUCCUAGUGCACUCUCUGUUUCAGUUAUCAGCUAUUCAGCACCAGAGCCGCCCAGCAGUGGUGAAUGUUUGACAUCACAGCAGCACGAAAACCGUUUAAGUGAAAUCACAGAUGAACAUCUGACGCCAGAUUCCAGUGAAAAACCUGAACUAACAGAAUACACACAUCCAGCUCCGGAGACGGAGCCCAGACCAAAUAUUGCAGACCCUCCAUUAGAUAUUUCCGUUAACCUUACACCAACGAAACCUGAAAUCGUACCUGCCACACACCCCACUCUCCAGAGUGUGUUAGUCAUGAAUGGACCUGACUGUCUUGACUACCGCACCCCUGGCAAAAAGAACUUAGACAGCCAGAUUCACAGAAUAUCCAGCCCUUUGCACUUUGUGACAUCCGCCAACACCUCUCCAAAUGUGCCCAUGACAUCACAGACCAGAAUAACCACCGCUGCUCCUCCUGUUUCCAUGACAACGGCUCCCAUCUCCGAAGGGGAGUUCCUGAGACGAGAAGGGGUCAUUAUGGACAGAGAGAGGCAGAGUGGGAGUGGCGCGUAUCUACAUUUGGGUUACAAGGAGUCAACCGUGGUCCAAGAUCUCCGAGUCCAGUCCCUGUCCAGGAGUCCCUCUCCCAACGAAGCACAAGACCUGACCAUGUCCUCCAUGCUCGCUCGAGAGAGGGAGAUAGAGAGGCAAAGAGAAGCGGAGAGGGAGCUCGAAAGACAGAGGGAACAGGAGAGGAACAAAGAAAUUGAAAAAGAACGUGAAAAGGAGAUGGCAAGAGCUCAGCAAAUCAGUAGAGUUGCUCACACCCCGCAAGACCAGAUUGGACUCCUGGUUCCUAAAGAGGAGCCCUUGAGUCCCGUACCGUCUCCCCAGCAUAUUCCCCCUCAAACCACUAUGAAUGGAUCCUCUUCACACAGGCAGACUCCAAAGACCCCCUGCCAGUCCCCCUCAACCAUUGGACUGUUAGCUCAAGCCAGCCGGCAGGUUCACUCCAGUUCACAAGGACAUGACAGGCUGACACAACCCACUGGAGCAGCUGGUGCUGCCGACCGCCCCUCUGCACACGCGCUGCUUCUCCCCCGGGCCCCCCAGCCGCCUGAGCCAGACCACCAGGACACCGUUUCUUCCAGAGAAUUGCAGGAACGGGAUGCCACCUUAGUCGGCUACCCUGCCCAGGAUUACCCACUUCCGCUCAUCGUGCCGGACGGCUACCGCACCGCCAAGAAGCAGGACGAGAACCUUCUCAUCUCCUCGUAUCCGCCGGGGGCCCUUCCCUUCGACCCGCUGGGGAAAGUGAUAGUACCCAACGGCGGCGAUCUGGCCAAGCUGCCUUUCUAUCCGGACCCUUACCAGCUGUUCUACGGGCCCCAGCUUCUGGCCUAUCCCUAUAACUUGGCAGCACUUCCUGUGGCUCUGAACAUGAUGGGACCUCGGGGGGACAAGGUGGAGCCUCUGCCGUUCCUCCCUGCCAUCUUCAACUACGCAGCCACGCCUGGGCCCUACAUGGGCGCAGCUCCUCACCCCCUCUCGGCAAAUCCCAGCCUCUACAGCAGCAGCAGCGGCAGCAGCAAAAAGCAACAAGACAACAGCAGCAAACAGUAGGACACAAAUGCACUAUGAAGAGUCUAGUUCAAAAAGGGACAGCCUCGUCUGUUUCGGCUGAGAAAGGAAAGGGGUGCAUGCUCACUGGCUCACUCAGUAUGCUUGCACAGUAUCCCCUAUCCCCCUCAUCCCUUUUUAUUCUCCAGAGAUCAGCGCUAGACAUUACAGGAGUAGAUGGAAAGGGAGGAGAAGGAGUAAAGAAACGGGGAGGAGAAGCCAACGUUGUAGUGACGACUCACUGCUCCCUCGUCUUUACUCCAGCUCUUCUUUCUCCGCAUCUUUCCUGUCUUCCUGUAGUGUGGUGUAGUUCUAGAGCUAGGUUAAUCUUCCUAUCUGACUCAUUAUACUACUCUGUAAUAUAAGAAUAACAACUGUUAACAGGGUGUGCGUUUUGUGAAAAAAUUAGUUCAGUCUACUUCCCUUUAUAGUCCAUGCAUAACGAGGAUAAACGCUCUUCAGGGAAGGCUUGUGAGGGCUUGGAUAAGGGAUGAGGCCGGAGUCCUCACUCAACACAGUUGGAAGUGGAGCAUUAAGCAACUCAAACGUUGAGUAUUUUUGUAUUAGCAAGGGAUGAGCAGGUGCAUCCUGUUGUCAUAUUGUCCAUGAAGGUUGUAUAUGAGCAUGUACAUGCACAUGUAUGUUAGGGAUAUGUGGAUGCAGCGAUAGGUUUAAGCUGGGUGUCUCUGCGUAAGCGUGAAGUGUGUGUCUGUGUCUGCGAGCGACUGAAUAUGCGCGUGAAUGUCUAGAUCAUUCCAUGAGAGGCACACAGGAUUCCUACUGCAGUUGGAAAAGCUACUUUAGGUCAAAGUGUAGAAGUGCAUUUAGAAGUGAGUCUUCAUAUCCAAAUCAUUAAGAAGUCAGAUCUGUGAGCGGAUGUGUGUAUGACAAUGACAGAUCAUCUGCGCUCCAUUAAGUGUUGACAAACCUGGCAUCUUUGUGGUCAGAUGAUACUGUAGAAACUGUAUAGCAUUCACCAUAGUUUAUACCUUUUGUGCACAAAAUAGAAAAGUAAUGGUCACUUAAAGAGGACAUAUGUAGCUGCUGUGAAAUGUAGCUGGCCACUGGGUAAGAAUUAAAGGCUGGUAGACCAUUGCACUUCCAUUUUUCAUCUCAUUUCCUUUGAAAUAGAAAAAAAAAGGAAAAGAAGUUUUUUUUAAAGUCAGCCUUCAUUUGUUUAGCUUUUUCCUCUCAAAUUGGAAGAGGACAAGGCCCCAUUUCCUAAGCCAGGAAGAAGAAGGCAAACAGCAAAGAUGGAAAAAGAAAAUCGUUUUCAGGGUAUUUAGUCAUUUUGGAUACAAAAAGAAAUAUAUGGGGACAAACUGUUGGACUCUGAAUCAGAUGGCUCCACAGAAAUUAUGCUUUAGAUGAAAAUUUAAAAAAUAAAAAAAAGGAGAAAAAAAAUCCACAAAUGAGGGAAAGUUUGGGGGAAAAGUCUGAUCCGUUUCCCGUUCUGCCCGGUAUCAUUUACCAAGAGAUAGGAAAAGGCUGAGCUUAACAGCCAAAGCGGUGGGCCGAAACCUUUCAGAUGCCCUCCUGGGUCCUUUUUGUUGUGUCUAAUGUUGUCUUUAUGACUGUUUUGUUAAACUAUGUUGUUGCUUUUGUUGUUUAUCCCUCUUACCAGAUGGAAAUGGGGUCAGUGAAAAGAGGGAGGGGAGUAAAUUUAAAUAUAUGAAUGUAAAUUUAGUCAUGAGGUUAAUGAAGUACAGCUGCAUUAAUGGUAGAGUUGGUUUCAGUUCUUUUUUUUUGUUUGUUCGUUUGUUUUGACACAAAUAGCUUGUUAAAGAACCAUAUAACGUCUGGUAAGCAUAUAUACAGUAGUUCUAGGAACAUGUCAGUAAACUUGGGUUCUGUAUCCACAAAGCAUGUGCAACACUAACCUAACCGUUUAUAUCCUCAGCAAAUCUGGCAUUGUGCACACAGCUUUUCUUUUAUUUCCUUUUAUAGUUUCAGGUCUUUUAAUCUUCCAUAUCUCUGUAAAAUUUCAUUUGUUACUGUUAAACAAAAAAAAAAAAAAACAAGAAAAGAAAAAAAAACAAAAUUUAAAAAAAAAAAGGAAAAUAAAAAAAAAUACCAACUACAACAACAACUCAAAAUUAGCAGCCACAUCUAUGUGUCACAUUUAGGAGCUGUUUAAUUGUCCCAUUUCCCUCAAGCGUACUCUGGCUUGCUGCACCUCCUCUGAAUGAACUACAUGUGUUUCCGUGUGUGCGCGCAUGUGUGUGAUGGUACUGGGGCACCUUUCCGUUCUGGCAGGGGUGUUAAAUCCGAGCGUGACUGGCUGCAGGGGCACAUAAGCAUCCCCUCGGGUGUGGUUACAAGCCUUUUGCGUGUUUGGGAUAUACGUGUAAGAGUGAGUGAUUGCGUGAAUAGGAAAAACCAAAAUAAAUCUGCCUGAGCAGAGUAUCCCUUGGCAGUUACAUGGGCCACCUGUUUUCUUUUUUUUUUUUUUUUUUAUUUUUGUUUUUUUUUUUCCUCUUUGUUUUUUUUUUCGGGGGUGGGUGGACAUGUUUCUGUGGGUUAGUUUCUGUGUUAAAGAAAAAAGAAAAAGAGAAAAAAAAGAAGCCUCGCUGUCUCCAGUACACUCUCUCAAGCCAUUCCUGUAGAUGACAUGUCAAUGUUUUUGGACCAUUUCUUAUGCCAUACUUUGCCAUUAUGGUUGUCAUACAGACCAAAAGCAUGCAAAAUCGACAUAUUGUAGUGACUGGACUGGAAUCUGGUGGUAAUAUACAACUAUUUACUGUAUGUUUUAGUUCAAAUGAAUGUGCCUCUGCUUUGAUAUUUAAAUAAUUAUCUAUAGUGAGAUGCGGAUCUGCCAGAUUUCAACUGUUAAGGUGCCUUGUUAUGGCAUAAGAAAUUUCAGUAUAAGAGUGUUUUCUUGAGAAAUAAAAAGUACGACUCGGAGAUAGAUUUCAUGGCUUUGUUUGCUAUGGAGAUGUUAAUAGAUGUAGGAGUGUGGCUAAACUGUUUUGGUAUUGUGUACAUGUCUAGGGUAAUACUGUGCCAUAUAGAGCCCACAGAAUAUGUUAAUGUUAUUUUUAAAAGAUGUUUUAAUGUUGCCUGAUGACUUUGUCUUUAGAUUUGAUACAAAGGCUUGUAGCCACAGCUCUCCCAAAGUCUGUAGUCUCCUUUUCCAACAUUCUUCUCGUCUCCUUCUCUCCUUGUUUCUAUCUCCCUUUCUUUCUCUUUGCUGCAAACAAAAUAAAGUAUUAACCUGAUGACCCAAUUAAA